UGGUCCGUCUCCCCGUCCUUUCGACGCCGCUCAGGCCUCAGACGCUCUUCAGUCAUUACUCACUAGUAGUCACUAGCCAGUAUUGUAUUAUAGCACCUGCACAACCGUUGGCGUCGCGUCCAUCUGCUCUCAACGCCACCGCGUUACAAAUGUGCAGCGGACAUUAAUAAUCGUUUUUUUUUCGACCGUUUUUCAUCCCCUCGGCCGGCCAAACGUGUGCGCGGUAGUCGAGUGUCUCAGUUCGUGCGCGUGCAUCCCAAAAUUAUUACACUGUUCUUACGCGAUUGUGCAACCCGCUAGACGUUUGCGAGUGUUGUUUGCUGCCGAUAUACCGACGCGUCGUGUUUUCAGAACUACCGCAACAAGAUGGUGUCCGGAAAAACUAUGAACGUGAGAGUGACCACAAUGGACGCCGAGCUGGAAUUUGCUAUCCAGCAAACUACCACCGGCAAACAGCUAUUCGACCAGGUAGUAAAAACCAUUGGAUUGAGGGAGGUAUGGUUUUUCGGCCUGCAGUACACUGACAACAAAGGCGAUAUGACUUGGAUCAAACUGUAUAAAAAGGUCAUGAGCCAAGAUGUUAAGAAAGAAAAUCCACUUCAAUUCAAGUUCCGAGCCAAAUUUUAUCCAGAAGAUGUCGCAGAAGAACUUAUACAAGAUAUUACUUUGAGAUUAUUUUACUUACAGGUGAAAAAUGCUAUUUUAUCCGAUGAAAUUUACUGUCCAUCAGAAACAUCUGUAUUACUCGCUUCAUAUGCUGUUCAAGCAAGGCAUGGUGAUUACAACAAACUCACUCAUACACCUGGUUUUCUUACCAAUGAUCGUUUAUUACCACAACGUGUUAUGGAUCAACAUAAAAUGACACGUGAAGAAUGGGAGUCUAGCAUUACUACAUGGUGGCAUGAACAUAGAGGCAUGAUGCGAGAAGAUGCCAUGAUGGAAUAUUUGAAAAUUGCCCAAGAUCUUGAAAUGUAUGGAGUUAACUACUUUGACAUUCUCAACAAAAAAGGAACUGAAUUAUUUUUGGGUGUUGAUGCCCUAGGUCUAAAUAUAUAUGAAAAGGAUGAUAAAUUAACUCCAAAGAUUGGCUUUCCUUGGUCAGAAAUCCGUAAUAUUUCAUUCAACGAUAGAAAGUUUAUUAUAAAACCUAUUGAUAAGAAAGCUCCUGACUUUGUAUUCUUUGCACCACGUGUUCGUAUUAACAAACGUAUUUUAGCUCUUUGCAUGGGAAAUCAUGAAUUAUACAUGAGGAGACGUAAGCCUGAUACUAUUGAUGUGCAACAAAUGAAAGCCCAAGCAAGGGAAGAAAAACUUGCCAAACAACAACAAAGAGAGAAACUUCAACUAGAAAUAGCUGCUAGAGAAAAAGCUGAAAAGAAACAUCAAGAAUAUGAAGAACGUUUGAAAGUCAUGCAAGCAGAAAUUUCUAAACGUGAACAAGAUUUGCUCAGUGCUCAAGAUAUGAUUCGUCGUUUAGAAGACCAGUUGAAUAAACUUCAACUAGCUAAAGAAGAACUUGAACAAAGACAAAAUGAACUUCAAAAAAUGAUGGAACGCUUAGAAGAAUCAAAGAACAUGGAAGCAGCAGAAAGAGCCAAAUUAGAAGAAGAGAUCAAAGCUAAACAAGAAGAAGUUAUGCGUAUUCAAUCUGAAGUUGAAACUAAAGAUGAAGAAACAAGACGUUUACAAGAGGAAGUUGAAGAGGCGAGACGUAAACAAGAAGAGGCUGCAGCUGCAGCACUUGCUGCUGCUGCAACCCCCAAGCAUCAUCAUGUAACAGAAAAUGAAAAUGAGGAUAAUGAUGAAAUGGUCAAUGGUCAUGAAACACAAGAUUUAGAUACUGACAUGGAUAUUGUUGAUCCAGUAGAGGAACGCCGUACCCUCGCUGAGCGUAACGAACGACUUCAAGAUCAAUUAAAGAUGUUGAAACAAGACUUAGCUCAAUCACGAGAUGAUACCAAGGAGACUGCCAUGGAUAAAAUUCACCGUGAAAAUGUACGCCAGGGACGAGACAAAUAUAAAACUCUGCGUGAAAUUAGAAAGGGCAAUACAAAGCGCCGAGUUGAUCAGUUUGAAAACAUGUAAAUUCAUGCUCAUACUGUACAGGGUAGUUAUUCAAUAUAUGCUUAAAAAGCCUGUAAGUCCAAGAUCAUUAUGUGUCCAAAGUUGCAUGACCAUUUUACAUCUUGGUCUGUAAUUAUGAUUAUUAUUAAAUUACUAUUUAUUAAGGUUGUAAUAACAAAAAUGGUUGAACAAGUUAUGUAAAAUUUUUUUUUUUAAUUUAGCUAGUUUUUAUUAAAUUUAUUAUUUCUUUAAUUUUUAAGAACCUUUAUUUAUUGAAGUAUAGUUUUAUUGUUUAGCAUAAUAAUUGCUUAUAAUAAAAUUAUAUUUAUGUGCCCAGUAAAAUGUAAUCAUGCACUCAAGCAGGACGUCAUAUUACUAUUUAUCAAUCACUCCUUUCACAUUCCAAAAACAAAGGGAGGGGCACUUAAUUCUUUCUGCUCAAUAUCUUUGUCUUAAAUAAAAACACGAACAAUAUUUAAAGCCUAACACUAUUUUAUUAUUAUUAUUGUUAUACGAUUAUACUUGAUUUAUUUAUUAUUAUACAUUUCUUUUAUUAUUAUUAUUAACAUACAAAAGCUUUGAAACAAUUAAUUAUAAUUAUUAUUUUAUAAUAAUAAAUGAUUCUAUUUUGUGGUCUUUUAUAGACCAGUAUUA